AUGCAGGUGCUGGCAGUUGCAAGUGACAGCCCCAACCCAGUGCCCCUGUUGACAUUCCCAGAGGCUAUCCACGGCAUUAUCCAGAGUGACCUCAACUACGUGGCGAUCCUGCAACGGGCGGUGACAAUGAACCCUGAGGCUGUGUUGAGCUGGGACCUCAAUGGGGAGCCCUGUGGGACUGGGGAGAAGCCGUUCAUCUGGCAGCUGUCCUGGGAGCAUCUGGGAGCCAACGUGGACCCCAUGGAUGCUGAGCCCCUCAAGCCAGACCCCACUUUCUCCCUGUCAGGAGGAUCUGCCAUCAGCCUCCUCAUGGCCGGGAUUCUGGGAGCCACAGCACUGAUCGGAGGCAUAUGCUUCACCAUCAUCCAGAACCAAAGCAAGACCUAUUUAGUUGCAGACAACAGACUCCCAGGACAGGCCAAUGGUGAUGUCAGCCAGAAGGAACCAGCUUUGUCCAAUCAGCUGUGA